GUCUCACAUGCGAUCUACACAGUGUAUAAAAUGGCGGCUUCUGCCCGUUAUGGAUGUAGUUCGCUGUGUGUCUAGUAAACAGCUGUUGUUUUUGAACGAGUGGACGAGAUUCCGCUGAGCAGAAUGAACGGCUUCUUCUCACCUCCUCUGCACUUACAAAGACACCAGUUUGUGAUUGAGUUUGUUAAAAAAUCGAGACCCAGAACGGUGCUGGAUUUAGGAUGCUCUGGAUGUUCGUUGCUAAGAAAACUCAGAUUUCAUCGCCACAGUGUUGAGUUACUGGCAGGAGUGGACAUCGACUGCGCCGCCAUCCGACAAAACAUGAAAGCACUGGAUCCACUCAUGGCUGAAUACUUACAGCCCAGUUCCAGACCACUUACAAUCAAACUUUAUGAAGGCUCCAUCACUGAAACAGAGCCGUGCACCAAGGGCUUUGAUCUCAUCACCUGCAUUGAAGUUAUGGAGCAUCUUCAGCUUUGGGAAGUGGAGAGGUUUUCAGAGGUUUUGUUUGAAUACAUGGAGCCACAUACUGUGAUAAUAAGCAUGCCGAAUGCAGAAUUCAACCCUUUAUUACCAGGACUAACAGGCUUCAGACACAAAGACCACAAAUAUGAGUGGACCAGAGCACAGUUUCAAGCUUGGGCUGAAGGAGUUUGCAGGAAAUAUGGCUACUCGGUAGAGUUCACAGGAGUAGGAGAGGCUCCUGGUGAGACAAGAAAUGUCGGAUUCUGCUCCCAGAUUGCAAUUUUCCAAAGAGAAUUUGGUGAUUUACAUAGACAAAGGAACAACCCAGAGCAGGAGCCUACAGUAUAUAAACUGCUUUAUAGAAUGGUUUACCCAAGCCUCAGUGACAACAAUAUCUUACAGAAGACUCUAGUUAGUGAAGUCCUCUACAAAGCAGAGCAGCUGAAGAAGGAAUGGCUGGAGGGUCAGGAAGGUGAGCUGUGUGAUUUCACCUUCUGUGAACAAAUGCUACCAUCUGAAGCAGUAAGGCAGGCAAUGGAGGUAGAGGAGGUGUACAUGCAAGGGAGCUGGGUGUGUGUGCCACUUUUAUGUGUGUGGGCCAGUUCCACAGUGCAAGCACUGUGCAGCAGCUUUCAGGAACUUCGAGCCAUACUGCUGGUGGACCUACAAGUGCAGCUAGAUGCAGACAGAGAUGUUAUAAUGCUACCUGUUGCUUAUGAAGAGGAGGACGAGGAGGAUGUAGAGCAAUUGGAUGAGGGUGAGAAGGUAGAAUGUAUGUCAAGGUCGGUGAAUGAUAAUGUAGAGGAAGACUGGGAAAGUGAACUAUAAUUUCUUUUACCUUUGGGAUAUCAGUAGCAAUGGAACCUCACACUCAUUGGUCAUCUUUUCGGGUUUAUCUUAACUAGAUUUCAUAUAGGACAAAAAUACCAUUACUGACUGGCCAAUUUAUGUAAAAAUUAUCAUCUCCCACUAACAAAUCAGUCAAUUCUGAUAUGUUGAUAAAUUUCUUACUAUUAAUGUAGAUGUAUGGGUAGUUUAAAAAUCUCCUCUCCUCUGUACAGUGUGGAAGUGCUCUUCUCAUUUUGAUGAUUAUACAGAAACAUGAUGGAUAUUAACAAUCUAUAUCUGAUCACAUUGUUGGAAAGCUAACAUACAUUGGAUAUAAAAUGUUUAAUUUUGUUAAAAUGACAGGUUUUGAAAAAAAUAAACCAAGAUAAAACUU